UCCCCGGGAUGCUGGCGGCGGUGUGGACAGCCCCGCGGUGGAGUUGCUGGGCGGGGCGGCGUGAGCUCCGGAGCGGCCCUGGCGGGGUCCUGCACGCCCCGUGCUCCGCCUGUCCCGCGGGUGCCCUCCGCACCUGGUGGGGCAGGGAGCCGUGGCCAGUUGGCCCUGCGGAGGCGCGCGGGAGCGGCGGGGGCCCUCCGAGAGUCCCCAGGGCUCUGCGGGACGCGGAGGCAGGGCCGGCCUGGGAAGGGCAGACCUUGGGUCAGACGGACUGGACGGAACCGUGGCUCCUGGGGCUGGCGGUCUUCCACGUGCUGUGCCUGCUGCUCACAUGUCUCUCGUCCCAGAGGUACAAGCUGCAGGUCGGGCAUUUCCUGUGCUUAGUGAUUUUAGUUUAUUGUGCUGAAUAUAUCAACGAAAUAGCGGCGAUGAACUGGAGGUUAUUUUCAAAAUACCAGUAUUUUGAUUCGCGGGGAAUGUUCAUCUCUAUCGUGUUUUCAGCACCGCUGCUGCUCAACGCCAUGAUCAUCGUGAUUCUGUGGGUCCGCAAGACUUUGAACGUGAUGACUGACCUGAAAACCCUGCAGGAGAAGAGAAGAGAAAGGAAAAGGAAAGAAGAGUGACGCUGGGACGCGGGUGUGGGUGUUCCUAGGGGCCUCUCUCCUUGGCAUUGUCCUUGGAGGGCUCGCGUGUGCGUCCUGGGGCCACCUCGUCAGGCCCACCCCCGCCCCUCAUCGUGGCGCCGUCUCACCCAGCACACGCGGAAAUCAUCCUGAAAAUAAAUGCUGACGUCCAUGUGGGUGUCUCUCGAACCUGGGUCUGUUGGGACUUUCCAAAUGUAUGAACCCGUGGUGUCUGCGGAGCGCUUCCGGAGUCCCUCGUUGUUCGUGCCCUUUGUGUGAGCGGAGUAACUAUGAAGCGUCUGCAGUGUAAAACCUUCAACAGGUGACGAGCCGCACUGUCGUGCAUAGGCACCGUCACCCGCGUGGCCUGCACACGGUACAUGGCAAAGUCGGUGACGUUCUGGGCCGUCCUGGGGGCUGGAGCCCGGGGCGUGCCGGGCAGCCCCCGCGCUGGGGUGACGUGGCCCAGAACCUGCGCCGAGCUGCAACAGGGAAGCCCGGGCUAGAGGACCCUACUCGAGAUGCCGGGAGUCGGGUCCUGAGGACGCGCGCGCUUCUGAGCGCAGGGAACCCAGGCCCAGGAGGCGAGGCUUCCGUGAGCGUCCUGCCGCCCGCCCUGGGACGGGAAGGUCAUGGCUCCCUCGGGCCCUCGCAGCAGUUGCAGGCGCUACGGUAGGAAGGCCUCGAGGUCAGGGUUCCCUGGAGAGCGGGUGGUGGCCUGUGGAGCGAGUGAGGAUGAGCAGCGACGCGUGCAAGUGCCAGCGACAGCUCGGCUGUUGCAACAGGUAGAUCCUUCUACCCAGUAGCCAGGUUACGUCCCUUCCACGCGGAUCUGCUGCGACUCCGAGGCGUCCACUUCCAGGCUCCCGCCCAGUGUGGGACCCGCUGGGGUCCCGGGAGUAGAUCCCAGGGGCUGGAAGCGCACUGUCCCGAACAGCAGCUGCCGUGCUCGGGGGGUUUGACGACAGCCAUUUGUGAACAACCGUCUAAAUGUCAAAGAUUUUUCUCCUCUAAGUGAAACCUAUUCUUCAGAUUUCAAAUAAACCAACGAUAUGAAGCACCUGCAGGCAGCGCUCUGGAAGACGUUGCAGUUCGGUCUCGAGAUGCAGGUGAUGUUUCCAUGGACCGUCGGGUAUAAGCCGAGGAACUGCCUCCGGAGUUCUGACCGCGCUCCCCUGAGCCCAGGGGACCUUCCAGGUGGAUCCUGCACGCGCUUUACCCUGACCCGUGCCGGUUCCUGCCUGACGUCUUAUUUUUGUGUCGAAUGUAAAAAUGACACGGAAGCAGCGUCCUGCAUUGGGCCGGGUUUCCAGUCUGUGGGGCGUGGAUGGUGCCCAUGGGCCCUGGGCUCCCGCGGCCUGGCAGGCGGGCAGAGGGAGGGCCAGGACAUGCUCGGUGGCCCGCGUCCGGGUGUGAGCUCCCCCGUGUGGCAGCUCCGUGAGCGCGGCCUCUGCGGCCUCCGCGUGUGCGUGGGAUGUUGAGGGGACACUUGUACUUUGUCUUCACACGGAAAAAUUCUUUUUUUGACUGUCUAGUACGUGCCUACUUGGUGGCUUGAAUUGUGGCGUUAGCACAGGUCUUCCGUGCCCAGGAAGGUCCCGCGUGUCAGCUGGCCGGGCGCCGCGGGGUUGAGGCCUGUGUGCCAUGACGGGUCCCCCUCGCUCUCGCUUGAAGCAGGCGUUCAAGGACACGUUCACGAACAAAGACGAGAAGAGAUUUGUGAUAAGAAUAUGUUUUGCGUAUUCCAAAUCUGACACCUUUGGUUUCUUGAUUGUUGGAAAUAAAAUAUAUAUUUAAUAAUA